AUGUUUCCUUAUAUUGAUAAUAUUCAUGGAAAAUGGCAUUUUAAUGAAAUACGAGCUAUAUUUUCAAGACGAUAUCUUUUACAAGAUAAAGCAUUAGAAAUAUUUGUUUCAAAUAGAACAAGUGUUAUGUUUGCAUUUAUUGAUCGUUCAAUUGUAAAAAAAGUUGUAAACUUUUUACCUCGAGUUGGUGUUGGUGGUCGUUAUGGUUUACCACAACAACGACGAACAUCAUUAGCAUCAGCAAAACAAUUAUUUCGUUCAGCAAAUAUGACUCAACGAUGGCAAAGACGAGAAAUUUCAAAUUUUGAAUAUCUUAUGUAUCUUAAUACAAUUGCAGGUCGAACAUAUCAAGAUUUAAAUCA